AUGGACCCAGGAGAUGAGAAAGCCAAUGCAGAAAUCAAGAGAGAGGUGAACUCAGUGGGUUCUGUCCAAUCCACUGUUCAAGAAGCCAGAAAUAGAGAGAAUAGCAAGAAGGAUGUAGGCAUUGCAGCAACCAAGAAAGGGGAGCUGUCCGUGGUGCUGAUUCUGGUAACAGUUGCUUCCUGUCUCAUAUCUGUGCAGCAUGGCUACAAUCUGUGGGUACUCCGCAACACUAUUGGGAUGGUACAAUAUAUCCCCUACCUCACUGCUCCAUUUCACUAUCUUUCCAGGAAAGUUGCACUGUUCAUAACUAACUUUUCAACAAUUAUAUUUGCUGUUGUGAUGGCUUUCUCACUUUCAAUACAUAGUCGUGGAUACAUCAUCUUUUCACGUCUCUGCUCUGGAAUAAGCACAGGAAUAUGCUUCUGUGUUGGCCCUCUGUAUCUUGGCGAGAUCUCCCCUAGAAGCCUGAGGGGGGGCAUCAUCAUGACGCACCACCUGUUUUAUUUGUUUGGUUUCCUUGUGGCUCAGAUACUUUGUCUUCAAGAAGUCUUGGGGACGGGAAAAGGCUUCCCAACUCUGAUAAAACUUUUUGGUGUUAUGCCAUUGCUUCAGUUGCCUCUACUGCCCUUCUUACCUGAAAGCCCAAGGUACCUACUCAUUCAGAAGAAGGAUGAAGAAAGCUCAAGGCAAGCACUGAAGAAACUAAGGAACAGAAAUUAUGUGGAGGAUGAGAUUGAAGAGCUCCAUCAGGAGGACAUUGUUGAAAAGUCAGAAAAGAACAUGAAACCUCUUAAACUGCUAUAUUCCAAAAAACUGCGAAGGCAAGUCAUUGCCAUAAUUGUCUUGAUGGUUGGACAACAGUUCGAUGGCAACAGUGUGAUUUUGGUUGCUUAUUAUAAGGGCUGCAGGUUUCUGCUUCUCAUUGGCUUUGGGGUGAGCAGUUUCAUCUGUGUCCUGUUAACCGUGGCCAUGGAAAUGCAGAGUGCUGUCCCAGAGAUGAGAUAUUUCAGCGUAAUCUUAAUCUACAUUUUCCUUUUUGCACAUGUCAUUGGGCCAGGUCCACUUCCAAUUGUGCUUGUAGUGGAGCUCUUCCUUCAGUCAUCACGAUCUUCAGCCACUGUGAUUGCACAAGUUUUGCAUUGGCUCCUAUUCUUCAUCGUAGCACUGAUUCUCCUUUACAUAGAGAUACAUAUUGGGCCCUACAGCUUAAUCUUUUUCUGUCCAUUCGGUUUUGCCAUCUUUAUUUAUAUAUUCAAGUUCAUUCCAGAAACCAGAAACAGAACCUUUGUGGAAAUCAGGGGGAAAGUGACCACCCGGAAGCCCAGGAGGGUACAUUUCAAAAUGCAGUCGUCCAAGUAG